AUGCAGUACACUUAUACAAAAAAACGACUACAAUUUGGAAGACAGUGUAACUUCACAAAUUAUCAGACAGUAGAAGCUGACAUUAAAUCACAUACAGGGUAUAUGAAUCACUAUAUUCAAAUAGAUCCUGCAACCCAAGGAACUCAAUGCAGUAAAAUAUAUUCUGUUCAUGAGAUAAAUACAAAUACUGCAAUAUUUCGAGAUAGUGGUAUGUAUCAUUCCGAAGGUGGUUGGCCAAAAGAUUUAAACGUAAAAGAUGUAGAACAAACAGUAAGAUAUAAGCGUAAAGUAGAAAAGGAUGAAUUGUAUAUUCAUACAAUGCUUCAAUUGUUGCCUCCAAUGGAACAAUGUAUUUUACAGAACAAUGCUUGUAAUAUUUAUGAACAAUAUUUUAGUUAUAUGGAACCAAUUUCUUUAAUACAACGAGUAUAUUCACGUACAGUUAAUGUAUAUCGUGAUCUUUUACCAAUAAAGAGACAAAUAACACAUCUUUCUUGGUCACCAGAUCAAGGAAAUCGUUUUGCAGCUAGUUACUGUAAUACUGACUUUAAAAAUGCAAUGAAUGAUAAUCCUCAGUCAUAUAUCUGGGAUGUGGAAAAUCCAAAUAUGCCUUGUGUAGUUUUGAAACCAUUUUGCCCAAUUUUAACAUUAGAAUAUAAUCCCAAAGAUAGUAAUAUAUUGAUUAGUGGAUUAAUGACUGGUCAAGUAGCUUAUUGGGAUAUUAGGAAAGGAUCAGAACCAGUUGAAACAAGUUUAGUGGAAUUUAGUCACAGAGAUUUAUGCAAUAAGGUUUUAUGGAUAAAUUCUAAAACUGGCAUGGAAUUUUUUAGUGCUUCAAAAGAUGGACAGAUAAUGUGGUGGGAUAUUAGAAAAUUGCAAAUACCUACAGAAACAUUAAUAAUAGAUUUAUAUAAACCUGAUGAUCAAAAUAUUAAUAAAGCAAUUGGGAUUUCAGCAUUACAAUUUGAGCCAUCUAUGGGUACACGUUUUAUGUGUGGUCUUGAAAGUGGAAUAGUUAUAUCAGGAAAUCGUAAAGGUAAAACUCCAAGUGAAAAAAUUGCAACAAGAUUUAAAGCACAAUAUGGACCUGUGAUAAGUUUAGAAAGAAAUCCAACAUUUGUUAAAAAUUUUUUAACUGUUGGUGAUUGGACAACAAGAAUUUGGUCUGAAGAUUGUAAAGAAUCUUGUAUUGCUUGGACUCCUGGUCAUAGAGAUUUUUUAAUGGGUGGAGCAUGGAGCUUAACACGAUUUUCUGUAUUUUUUUUAAUAAAAAUGGAUGGAACUUUGGAUGUAUGGGAUUUAUUAAUUCAACAAGAUUCUCCAGUUCUUAGUGUGAAGGUAUGUCUAUUUUAAUAUUAUACAACAAUUGCUAAUAAAAAAGGAACAACGUUUUUACUUGAAUUUUCAGAAGCAUUAACAACUAAUCAAAAGAAUGACAAGCUUUUAUUUACAGCACUUCUUGAUAGAGAAACACGUAGGGAAAAAGUAAAGGAAGCUAAAAAUAGAGAACAGAGAUUGAAAAUGAAAUCUCUUCAAAAUACCAAUUUUGAAAUCGAAUAUUCAGUAGUAAAUACAAAAAUUGAUGAGGAAGAUCUACAAUGUCUUAAUUCAAAUAUUAACAACACAAUAUUAAUGAAUUGUGAAGAAGACUAUGAAAGUGCUAUACAAGUAGAAUUAGCAAAAGAAGAGACAACAAACAAUGAGGUAGUACAUGACAAAUAUGUAAUGAAUGAAGUCAUAAAUUUAAAGUCAUAG